AGUCGAGCGUCCUUUUGAAAAUCAUGGGUCAUGUUCAGAUAACUCUGCAUCCGAUUGGGGUUAGUUUGUUGUUGGGGCUGAUUUCUUUUUGCUUUUGGCCAACCUGCACAAUGCGUUGGAUGAGAGAUGUGCUGGAUUUCACCAAGGAUUAUGGUGGUCCUGCAGCCGGCACCAUUGUGGCGGUGUAUGCGGGCUAUCGCCUCUUGAAGCGUCGCAGCCGAAAGAAUGCUAUCGCUGCUCGGGGUCAGGCGGCUUCUCAGGCUCGUGAGGAGGCUGAAAGUCGCUUGAAACAAUCCGUAACGGCAGAUUCAUUGAUGGCUGGCAGUGACCGGAAGAUCGUGGAUUUGCCCGUGGAGCAGCUUGCUGAAGAAUUGAAGGCUGGAAAUCUGACCAGUGUCCAGGUGUUACGCUCGUACAUGCUGAAAGCUCUGGAGGUGUCACAUGACUUGAACUGCGUCACGGAGCCCAUUUCUCUGGAUGGAUGCGAGGCUAUGGCAAACCUGUUGGAUUCAAAGGUGGCCGAGGUUGACAGGUCAGAGCUGGGCAUGCUGCACGGCUUGCCCGUCAGCAUCAAGGAGAAUAUCAACGUAGCUGGCAUGUACACGACUAUGGGAUUGCUGCAGCAUGCCAGGACGCCGGCCACGCAGGACGCGGUCAUCGUGCGCGUGCUGCGCGCGCACGGCGCAAUCCCGUACACCAAGACCAACCUGCCGCAGACGAUGGUGAGCUUUGACUGCUCCAACCCACUGUACGGCGUCACGCGCAACCCGCACAACCCGGACCGCACGCCGGGCGGCUCCAGCGGUGGCGAGGGGGCCCUGCUCGGGUCCGGCGGCUCCGUGCUGGGUAUCGGUACGGACAUUGGCGGCAGCGUGCGCUUGCCGGCGGCCUUCUGUGGCGUGUGUGGCUUCAAGCCGACGAUGGGACGCAUCAGUCACAUUGGUGUAGAGUCGGUGAUGGCAGGCCAGACUGGGCUGGCGAUAUCCGCUGGCGUUAUGGCCAGGAGCGUGUCAGGUUGCGAGCUGCUCAUGAAGGCACUCUGCUCCAAGGAAGCGUUCGAUCUCGACGCCAGCGUCGUGCCGGUGACCCUGAACGAGAACGCGCUCAAGCCCGGCCGCAAGCUGCGCAUCGGCUACUUCAAGACGGCCGAGUUCUUCCACGCCACGCCGGCUAACCAGCGGGCGGUGAGCGAAGCGGUCGACGCGCUGCGCAGUGCUGGCCACGAGCUAGUGGAGUUUGCAGCGCCGGAUAUGUACUCCAUCAUGGCCCAGUACUAUGAUCUGAUCCUGGCCGACGGUAUGGGUACCGUGAUGGAUGCUCUUGACGGAGACGAGUAUGAUCCCAGUAUUGCGUAUGGUGCCAAGCUCUACGGCAUUCCCUCGGUAAUCCGCAGAACGCUUGCCAGCGCGUUGUACUACACUUGGCGCCGAAUGUCAUCGUUGCUGUUCAGUGUGCAGGGAAAGUCCGUGCAGGAACUCUGGCAGCUGCAGAAGAAGCGCAGCGCCGACGCGAAGAGCUUCUCCAACGACCUCCGGGGCCACGGCCUGGACGGCUUGAUCUGCCCGGCGCAGGCGACUGGUCCGCUGCCAAUCGGUACCUGUGCAAAGCUGACAGCUUCGGUGUGCUACACGGCGCUUGCUAACAUCUACAAUCUGCCGUCCGGUGUGGUGCCCGUCACUCGUGUCACGCAGGAAGAUGACGAUGCAAUGUCGUCGUACCCACACAACGAUCUCUGGGGUUAUCUGACCAGGAAACUGUGUAAGGGAAUGGUCGGUCUACCCAUUGCUGUGCAGUGCAUCACACCGACGUGGCGUGACGAGGACUGCCUCUACAUGAUGAAAGAACUGGAGGCGAGUCUCAAGCACUGAGUAUCCAGUGUGCGUUUUCCUUUUCCCACAUGUAGUGUUGCUUUGUGGGUAUGCGCGUGUCACUCGCCUCUGUGAUCGUUUCUACGAACUGGGACGUAUGUGCUUGCAUUCCCCCCACUGGAUCCCUGAAGUGUACUGGUGUGCGCACUGUCAGGGCGUAUCGCCUCAGCUUGGCACUGUUCUUGCGUCAACUUUACUUUCCCAUGGUUGACUUCACCUGGCGAUGCCGCCGCCAUUGCACUUUCUGCGGAGAUUGGUCAGUCUUGUCAGUGACUGUUUUCGCCGAGGUGGAGUAGUUGAGACUACCCGCCAAUGCCAAUGCCCACCCACUCCUUCACAUAGUUUGCAAUUCGGCAAAGGUCAUGCCGCUGAACGAUCAUUACGUGCUCCCCAUGCACAUGGUGCCUCAAGGCUCUGUUGAGUUUUUUUACAAGGCAUGCCCACAAGAAUUAGGAAUUUGUUGGUCAGGAACGCAUCUUCCACUGUUCCAGUGCCGUUUUGCACGCUGAAACCCUAUUCUUGUCUUUUUGAAAAGAAUUUUUGGUGGCUGCAGCGAUAGUGUGCUCGCAUAGUUCGUAUUAAUUAGCAUUCCUCACACUUUCGAAUAUUCUUUUUUCUUCGUUCUUUACUCUUCUGCACACACACACACACACAUGCUGGCAGUGUGUUUGUUCUACUCGUUUAGUUAGUUUCCGGCACAUUGAACUAGAAAUUGCCGUCUGUGUUUUCCAGCGUCUUGCCCGUCAUCAUUUCGUUUGAGUUUGACCGGUCCAUUCCAAAUAUACCUUGCUUUGCCGCACAGCUUUUCCGAUUUUUUUUAUUUUGCUUGUGUGAUUUAUGAUUAUGAGUAAUUUCGACUCAAACGUUAUGAGAAAAUGUCGUUCCAAGUUCGCAUGGUUACCGGUGUUUACCAACCAUGUCACGUUUAGAAAAAUGUACUUUAUUGGAUUUCACACUAGAUUGGCGCAAAGCUUAUGUUUCAGGACUGGUCAAACAAUCGCUUUUGAAAAGUCGUAUACAAUGUACUGAACUAUACUACCCAAACGAA